AUGAAUAUAGAAAUAAAAUAUACACAAAUAUUUAUUAAUAAUGAAUGGCAUAAAGCAGACAAUGGAAAGACAUUUUCUGUUAUUAAUCCAAGUACAGGUGAAGAAAUUUGUCAAGUAGAAGAAGCUAGUGAAGUUGAUGUCAAUAAAGCUGUUGAAGUUGCUCGUAAAGCUUUUAAUAUAAAUUCACCAUGGCGUAAAUUAGAACCUGCUACACGUGGAAGUUUAAUACGUAAAUUUGCAUCUUUACUUCGACGAGAUAUUGAUUAUUUAUCUAAAUUAGAAACAUUAAAUAAUGGUAAACCUCUAGAAGAAAGUAGAGGUGAUAUUAAUCUAUCAGCUGAUUGUAUGGAUUAUUAUGCUGGUUGGGUUGAUAAGAUAACAGGCGAAACAAUUCCUUCUGGACAUGAUUCAUUUAUUUAUACCCGACAUGAACCAAUUGGUAUUUGUGGACAAAUCAUUCCAUGGAAUUAUCCAAUUAUGAUGUUAGCUUGGAAAUUAGGACCAGCUUUAGCAUGCGGUAAUGUAAUCAUUCUAAAACCUGCUGAACAAACACCACUUACUGCUCUGUAUUGUGCUGCUCUUAUCAAAGAAGCUGGUUUUCCGCCCGGUGUUGUUAAUAUUCUACCAGGUGAUGGACCCAUAUGUGGAAAUGCCAUUGCGACUCAUAAACAUAUUGAUAAAAUAGCGUUUACUGGAUCAGUUGAAACUGGAAAGAAAAUUCAAAUAGCUGCUGCACAAUCAAAUUUAAAACGUGUUUCACUUGAACUAGGCGGGAAAUCUCCAUUGAUUAUAUGUGAAGAUGCUGAUCUCGAUUUCGCGGUUAAUCUUGCUCAUCGAGCAAUAUUUACUAAUGCUGCACAAAAUUGUACAGCUGGAUCACGAACAUUUGUUCAUACAAAACUUUAUGAUGCUUUUAUUGCUCGUAGUAUUGAAUUAACUAAAAAACGUAUUGUUGGAAAUCCAUUUGAUGCAAAUACAAAACAAGGCCCACAAAUUAAUGAUAGUCAAUUUAAAAAGAUUUUAAAUUAUAUUGAAUUAGGAAAGAAAGAUGGAGCAAAAUUAGAAUAUGGUGGUGAACGAGUUGGUGAUAAAGGUUACUUUAUUCAACCGACGAUUUUUAGUGAUGUUCAAGAUCAUAUGAAAAUUGCUCGUGAAGAGAUUUUUGGUCCAGUUAUGUCUAUAUUAAAAUUUGAUUCAUACGAUGAAGUAAUUGAACGUGCAAAUGAUACAUGUUUUGGUCUUGGUGCUGGAGUAAUAACAAAAGAUUUAACACGUAGUCUUACAUUUGCUCAACAAUUACAAGCAGGUUCUGUUUGGAUCAAUGAUUAUGAUGUUGUUUGUAAUCAAGCACCAUUUGGUGGUUAUAAACAAUCUGGUCAUGGACGAGAAUUAGGACGAUAUGGCCUCGAAGAAUAUUAUGAAGUGAAAACAGUUGUCAUUAAACUUAUUUAA